AUGACACCGGCCACGGCAGAAGCACGGUAUUCGUUCUACGUAAAUGCACCGGACGGCGUUCAGCGGGAUCGAAAUCAGCUGAUAAUAGCAGCCGUUGCCGCGGUAACCGGUUAUCGUGGGCCGGUCAAAUUAAAAGGCGAGCAAAACAACCACCACCCAACGCUCCCCAUCAUUGUGUUCGUGUGCGACGCCGCGGGGAUCGGCUCACGCAACGAGGUCGCGAAUCCGAUUCGGCAAAUUCACUCGCUCACGAUAAGUCGUAGUGAGAGGACGCCGGCGCUUCAUCUUAACCCUUGCCUUUGGUUCGUUCUGGAUCUUCACGCUUCGAGUUCCUCUGCACAUAUUUUGGCUAUAGUUGUGAUAAAGUGGAAGCUGAUCGCGAUGCUGUCGACAAUCGGAAGCUAUAUUUGGGGCAGCUCCGAGGUUGAAAGUCCAGUGACGGAAGCUACCUUUACGAUCAAUGGGAUAAGCUAUACCGUCAACGCAAAGAGUGUUCCGGUAGACACCUCUUUAAAUAAUUUUAUUCGGAAUUUUGCGAAACUGUCCGGUACGAAGUAUAUGUGCCUUGAAGGUGGAUGUGGGGCGUGUUUAGUGAAUUUGACUAGCGUCCAUGCGGUGUCGAAGGAGAAGAAAACAUUUGCAGUCAAUUCGUGUCUGUUUCCGGUGUACGCCUGCCACGGGCUGGAUGUGCUGACGGUCGAAGGUAUCGGCAACAAGAAGGAUGGCUACCAUCCGAUCCAACAGCGUUUGGCACAGUUCAACGGUACCCAGUGUGGCUACUGCUCACCGGGUAUGGUCAUGAACAUGUACAGCCUGCUCGAGGCCAACCAUGGUGCGGUUUCGAUGGAAGAAGUCGAGAAUGCGUUCGGUGGUAACAUCUGCCGCUGCACCGGCUACCGACCGAUCCUAGACGCCUUCAAAUCGUUGGCGGUGGAUGCGGACGAGAAAUUGCUCGAUGCCUGCCAGGACAUCGAGGAUCUACCCGUGAAGACCUGUCCGAAAUCGGGAGCCCCCUGCAGUGGAAAGUGUCCAUCGGCGGCAACGGCUGCGAAACUCCCGUUACGAUUAGUGUUCGAGGGUGAGCAUGAAUGGCACAAGGUGUCUCAGGUGAACGACAUUUUUGCAAUCUUCGACACGAUCGGCAGCAAACCGUACAUGCUGGUAGCCGGCAAUACGGCUCACGGUGUGUAUCGGCGAAGCAACGCGCUGCAAGUGUUUAUCGACGUUAACUCUGUGGAGGAGCUGCAUACCCACAAGCAGGACGCCAAUGGGCUUGCCGUUGGGGCCAAUGUUUCGCUGACCGAGUUUAUGCAAAUUCUUGUUACGGCCAGCAACUCAAACCCGAGUUUCGCGUACUGCAAGGAGCUCGAGAAGCACAUCGAUCUGAUCGCGAACGUACCGGUCCGUAACGCAGGCACGAUUGCCGGUAAUCUGAGCAUCAAGAAUCAGCAUCACGAGUUCCCGUCCGAUUUGUAUCUGUUGCUGGAGGCAGCUGGUGCUCAACUGACGAUCGUUGAAGCAGGUGGCAAAAGCUCGACCGUUACGCCGGCCGACUUUGUACGGAUGGACAUGCAGAAGAAGGUGCUGCAGACGGUCACACUUCCCGCCCUCAGUGCGGAUCAGUAUGUCUACCGAUCGUUCAAGAUUAUGCCCCGAUCACAGAAUGCGCACGCCUACGUGAAUGGUGCCUUCCUAGCCAAGAUGGCCGCGGAUAAUGUGACUGUCGAAUCGAUAAGGAUUUGCUUCGGAGGUAUCAAUCCCGAGUUCACACAUGCCACCGGAACCGAAGCGUUACUGGCCGGUAAGAACCUGUUCGAUGAACAGACGAUUCAGGCCGCCAUGACUCAACUGGGCUCGGAACUGACCCCGGACUGGGUGCUACCGGAUGUAUCCGGCGAGUACCGCAAGAACCUUGCGAUGGCACUGUUUUACAAGUUCCUGCUGAACGUAGCACCCGAGGGAACGGUACUGGUCAAACCAUCCUACCGUUCCGGUGGCUUUGCACUCGAGCGUCCCCUCUCGUCCGGUCUGCAGACGUUCGAUACGUACGAGCGCAACUGGCCACUCACGAAGAACAUUCCCAAGAUCGAAGCCCUGGCACAGACGUCCGGGGAGGCCAAGUUUAUCAACGAUCUGCCACCGCUACCGGGUGAACUGUACGCUGCCUUCGUGAUUGCUACGCGGCCACACACGCGCAUCGGUAAAAUCGAUGCCGCCGAAGCGCUGAAACACCCCGGCGUAGUUGCGUUCUACUCGGCAAAGGACAUUCCCGGGACGAACAACUUUAUGCCCGCAAACCUUGGCAAUCAGGAAGUGGAGGAGAUUUUCUGCAGCGGCGAGGUACUGUUCCAUGGUCAACCGGUCGGUGUGAUCGUGGCCGAUACGUUCGAGAAAGCAAACCAUGCGGCCACCCUGGUUAGCAUCAUCUACGAGAAGCUUAGCUCGAAACCAAUCUUCCCAACAAUCAAGUCGUUAGUUGAAAACCAAUCGAAGGCACGCAUCUUCGAUGAACCGUCAGCCACCAAACGUGGUUCCGGAUAUCGGGUUAAUGUGACAGCCGCAAAAACGAUCAAAGGGCGCUUUGAGAUGGCUGGUCAAUACCACUUUACGAUGGAGACGCAAACCUGCGUCUGCGUACCGAUCGAGGAUAACAACAUGGACAUCUACUCAUCAACGCAAUGGAUCGACCUCUGUCAGGUUGCGAUCGCCUCGAUGCUGAAGGUGCCAGAGAACAGCCUCAACCUAACCGUGCGCCGUCUGGGUGGUGGCUAUGGUUCGAAAAUUUCCCGUGCCGCCCAGAUCGCCUGUGCCUGUGCUCUAGCCGCCCAUCUGCAAAAUCGUCCCGUUCGGUUCGUGCUUACCAUCGAAUCGAACAUGGCCUCCAUCGGUAAAAGAUACGGCUGUAUCAGUGACUACGAGGUGGAUGUCGAAACCGGUGGCCGGUUCGUGAAGCUCACCAACAACUACAUGCAGGAUUACGGUGCCUCACUGAACGAGGCGGUUGGUGGGGCGACGACAGAGUUCUUUAAAAAUUGUUACAACACCAGCACGUGGAAGAUCGUUGGAAAAGCGGCCCGAACGGAUGCUCCAAGUAAUACCUGGUGCCGAGCACCGGGAACGACAGAGGGCAUAGCCAUGAUCGAAAAUAUCAUGGAACACGUGGCAUGGGAAACGGGAAUGGACCCACUCGAAGUUCGGCUUGCCAAUAUGCCCCAGGAUAGCAAAAUGCGCGAACUAUUGCCCCAGUUCCGGCAGGACGUGGAGUUCGAGCAGCGUAAGGUGGCCAUCGAACAGUUCAACCGCGAGAAUCGCUGGCGUAAACGUGGCAUCGCGAUUUCGGUUAUGCGCUACCCGUUGGACUACUUCGGUGCGAUCCAUGCCCUGGUUGCUAUCCACGCUGGUGAUGGUACGGUAUCGGUGACGCACGGUGGCAUCGAAAUGGGCCAGGGAAUUAACUCGAAGGCAGCGCAGGUGGCCGCCUACACACUCGGAUUGCCGCUGGAGAAGAUCAGCAUUAAACCGAGCACCAGCCUAACGUCUCCGAAUGCGUUUGUUACCGGUGGCAGCAUGACCAGUGAAGCGGUGUGCUAUGCUGUCAAGAAGGCGUGUGAGAUAUUGCUGGAGCGUGUCAAACCGGUACGUGAUGCACACAAGGGAGCACCAUGGGAAACCGUCACCCAGCUUUGCUACGCUGAAAAUGUGGACCUGUGCGCCAUCUAUCAGUACAAGGCCUCGGAGCUGAAACCGUACAUCAUCUGGGGGUUAAGCUGCGCAGAAACGGAAAUCGAUGUGCUGACUGGGAAUGUGCAGCUGCGGCGUGUCGAUAUCCUCGAGGAUACGGGCGAAAGUAUGAGCCCCGGUAUCGAUGUUGGCCAGAUCGAGGGUGCGUUCAUUAUGGGCGUCGGUUAUUGGCUAACGGAGGCGCUCGUUUACGAUGUGCAAAAUGGGGAGCUUCUGACGACUAGAACUUGGAACUACAAACCCCCCGGGGCUAAGGAUAUCCCGGUAGACUUCCGUAUUCGGUUUCUGCAGAAAAGCUCCAAUCCGGCCGGCGUCCUGCGCUCCAAGGCAACCGGUGAGCCGGCAUUGAACAUGUCGAUCGUGGUGCUGUUCGCCCUUCGGAAUGCGCUCCGUGCGGCACGACAGGAUGCGGGCCUGGCGGACGAUUGGAUACCGAUGGGCACGGCCUCUACACCGGAUCAGGUGUACAUGCUUGCCGGCAACACUAUCGAGCAGUACAAAUUGAAUUAAGCAUCACGAUAAUUUAAUCUUCAUUCGUUAUAUCCUGGUGCUGGUUUGACACUUAAGUUUACUAAAUGCUGGUUGGUACAAUACAGAUAACUGUACCAUUGAAAUUUAAUGGUUCGAGAUCGGAUCGAGAGAUCAUCAACAUGUAAUAAGUGAACUGAUUUAUCUGCACCGUUGAUGCAUGCGCCGUGAGCGCCUUUAUGCAGCGUCUGUUACUGAACAAGAAAUCAUCUUUGCAAAGCUUAUAUGAACACGAAUCUUGUUUGACCAUAAAAAAAAUCCCAGUAACAGAACAGACUAAAACGAUCGAUCUUAUUGCAUCACAUAUCACAGACAAGAGACAACCCAAGUGAAAUAGCCCGUGGGAGUAUUAUGUUGGUAAAGAAGUUUGAAUAAACGGACACAAAGUGCUUUAAA